GGCACGUAUUGGACCGUAGAAUACCGUACAAUCCGUCCUACUGUGGACGACGACGCUCCCACCCCCAUAGUACAGCUAGGUGUACCGUUGCCGAACGAAAAAAAACAUAGGGAGGAAACGAAGAUAAAUACCCUUCAACCAAACCACGAAGCACGACAUUGAGAAUACCUUAGCAGCAUCUCGCGUUUCGUUCCAGCUUCUUACUAUCGAUAAGGCGUUGGAAAUAGCAGUCUACAACGUAGCAGUCGAUAUACCAGCAAGUGAAGCUUAACGAGUGUUUCGUGUGACGAAAGAAAAAUCGCAACAACAACAACGAUAACGAUACAGCACUGUGCAUCCAUACCGACGGUAGUUAUACUUGGAACGCAACGACGACGUACUGAAAGCUGGCAAAGCACAGGGCGGUCCAGUACAUAACGAUAAUUCGAAAUAUUUUGCAUUGAAGGUGUUGCAGAAGAUCUACCUUCAAUUUCAGUAAAUUAGAUCCUAUCCGAUCAACGCAUUGCAAGAUAGCACGAAGCAAAACAACAAAAUGGCCUCCCAAUACAACAACGGCAACAAUAACGGGAACAUGUCCACCAUGGACGCCACCCGCUCGUACGUGACCGCCCGUACGGCCGCAUCCCAAUCGGUCGCCAACCACACCACGAGUGGUGAUACCUGCUCCCUGGCUCCCCCCCCAGGCGCCAUGGCCCAGCCCCAGCCGGCCCCGUACCCCUCCUUUGUCAAGGUGUGCGGCUGCGUGGAGAUCUACAAGCCCGGCCGUGAGGUUUUAGAGUACGACUACACGUACGACGACGUCUCGGGGAAGAAACCCCCGCAGUCCUACCCGAGGAUUCGUGAGCGGGGGGAGUUCUACAUCGAUUCCUAUAACGGGGAGCCCUGGUCGUGUUCCUUUGGGACGGCCGAGAAGGUGAGUGGAGAUCUGUCGAGAUAAGAUUCGACGAGAUUAUCUUAGUGCAAGGCAAUAUUGUUGGAUUUGGGCUUGGUUCGGUAUGCAAAACGCGAACUAUAUUGCGUGCUGUCAACUAGUACGCAUGAACUUUGUUUUACCUCUCUCUCACAGAUUGCACGGCAUUCCUUUUGUUCUCUUUUGUAAACAAAUCCCGCCGACCUACUAUAGAACGGAACCUGGUUUAAUUCCUCGGAUCAGGCCGGAUCGAUCAUGUCGUGUCUGGUGUGGGUGCUCAUGCUGUACUCGUCGGUGACCGUCACCCUCCUCACCAUUACGGAAGGAAUUCCCGUUACCUGCGGAAUGGUGUACAAUGUGUUGUGUUUCAUGGCGUUGGCCUGUCACGCAAAAACCAGUCUCACCGAUCCCGGAAGCGUUCCACUGGCUGCAAUCCCCAGUGAGCGACAACGCCUAAUGAAAGAUUCCCACUCCAUGUGCGGGCAGUGCCAAACCUUCAAGCCACCCAUGUCCCAUCACUGCAGAAUCUGCAACAGGUGUAUCAGCAGAAUGGAUCACCACUGUCCCUGGAUGAACAACUGCGUCGGUGGGAACAAUCUGAAGCACUUUUUGCUCUUUUUGAUCUACACGUGGACCUGUGCGGCCUACGCACUAGCGCUCUUUGGAUGGAACUACUUUUUCUGCGCCGAUGAAGACUGCACCUUCCACCCGGUGGUCGUCCACCUGGUCCGAGUUAUGACCAUGCUCUGCGUGGGAGCAUUUUUAUUUACCUCCAGCAUGCUCAUGAACGUUUGCUACGGACUCAUGACGGGGAUCGGGACCAUUGAUCGGCUCAAAAAGAAGGCCACCAACACCAUGAACCAGUCGGACGAGGAACCCAUCCCUCUCAAGGACGUCUUUGGCAUUCAGGGAUGGAUCACCUGGCCCUUUCCCGUCGAUCCCAUCUUUGAGGACUUYGACCAAGUCAUGGGAUACUGUCUGCCUCAGCGCCUGGACCGAGAACGGCAGUUUAUGGAAUACAAGCGGCCCAUUCCAGAGAUCCAGCAGGUCACCUCGCACGAAAUGGAGCUCCCCAAGUGCAUCAACGAUCUGCUGCCMGUGUAGAUCAGAUCGAAAGCAACCGGACGGAAUCGAAUCAUCGCCUCGAUUCGAUAACGAGCGGUACGAUAAAACACAUCUUGGGUUCACAAAGCACUCACUCGCACACACCUCACCACCUCUAUACACACAGACACAACGUCCUUUUUUCCUGCGCGAAACGACAACGAUACCUUUUGGAGCGUUGCGUGUUUGCAGCGACCAUCAAAUAAUAAUAUACUAAGAAAAACAACAAAACCCA